AAGAAGCGGCGGCGGCGGCUCUUCGGUGCAGAGGGGGAAACUCCGCGGGCUCGUAGAAAGAAUAAUGCGGUAGCGAGGCAGGCUGCUUGCUCUGGGGUUUGGCAGCAGCGGCGGCAGCUCGAGCAGCGGCAGCGGCAUCACCCCAGACGCUGACAGCCCCGCCGGCCGGCUCCCUCACUGACUGCCGACUGUCAAUGGAGCUGGAAAACAUCGUGGCCAACACGGUCUUGCUGAAAGCCCGGGAAGGGGGUGGAGGAAAGCGCAAAGGGAAAAGCAAGAAGUGGAAGGAAAUCCUGAAGUUUCCUCACAUCAGCCAGUGUGAAGACCUCCGGAGGACCAUAGACAGAGAUUACUACAGUCUAUGUGACAAACAACCAAUUGGGAGACUGCUUUUUCGACAGUUCUGUGAAACCAGGCCUGGACUGGAGUGCUACAUUCAGUUCCUGGACUUAGUGGCAGAAUAUGAAAUUACUCCAGAUGAAAACCUUGGGGCAAAGGGGAAGGAAAUAAUGACCAAAUACUUCUCUCCAAAGUCCCCAGUCUUCAUUGCCCAAGUUGGACAGGACCUGGUCUCCCAGACAGAGAAGAAGCUCCUGCAGAGCCCCUGCAAAGAACUCUUCUCUGCUUGUGCUCAGUCUGUCCAUGACUACUUGAAGGGAGACCCCUUCCACGAGUACCUGGACAGCAUGUAUUUUGACCGUUUUCUGCAGUGGAAAUGGUUAGAAAGACAACCAGUGACCAAAAACACUUUCCGGCAGUACCGAGUGCUGGGCAAAGGGGGCUUUGGAGAGGUUUGUGCCUGCCAGGUUCGGGCCACUGGUAAAAUGUAUGCUUGCAAACGCUUAGAGAAGAAGAGGAUCAAAAAGAGAAAAGGAGAGUCCAUGGCACUCAAUGAAAAGCAGAUUCUUGAGAAAGUCAACAGCCAGUUUGUGGUCAACCUGGCCUAUGCCUACGAGACCAAAGAUGCGCUGUGCUUGGUUCUGACCAUUAUGAAUGGGGGUGACCUGAAGUUUCACAUCUACAACAUGGGAAAUCCUGGCUUUGAGGAAGAGCGAGCCUUGUUUUAUGCAGCUGAGAUCCUCUGUGGCCUGGAAGACUUACACCGUGAGAACACUGUCUAUAGAGAUCUAAAACCAGAAAACAUCUUGCUGGAUGAUUAUGGCCACAUCAGGAUCUCAGACCUAGGACUGGCUGUGAAGAUCCCUGAGGGAGACCUUAUCCGUGGCCGGGUAGGCACUGUUGGCUACAUGGCCCCAGAAGUUCUGAACAACCAGCGAUAUGGCCUGAGCCCCGACUACUGGGGCCUGGGCUGCCUCAUCUAUGAGAUGAUCGAGGGCCAGUCACCAUUCCGAGGCCGAAAGGAGAAGGUGAAGCGGGAAGAGGUGGAUCGCCGGGUGCUGGAGACUGAGGAGGUGUAUUCCCCCAAGUUCUCUGAAGAGGCCAAGUCCAUCUGCAACAUGCUGCUCACCAAAGACUCGAAGCAGAGGCUGGGCUGCCAGGAGGAGGGGGCUGCCGAGGUCAAGAGGCACCCCUUCUUCAGGAACAUGAACUUUAAGCGCCUGGAGGCUGGGAUGUUGGACCCUCCCUUCGUUCCAGAUCCCCGGGCUGUAUACUGCAAGGAUGUGCUGGACAUCGAGCAGUUCUCCACUGUGAAAGGUGUCAACUUGGACCAUACGGACGAUGACUUCUACUCAAAGUUCUCCACAGGCUCUGUGCCAAUCCCAUGGCAAAACGAGAUGAUAGAAACAGAAUGUUUCAAGGAGCUGAAUGUGUUCGGACCCAACGGUACCCUCUCACCAGACCUGAACAGAAGUCAGCCUCCAGAACCACCAAAGAAAGGGCUGUUCCACAGACUCUUCAGGCGUCAGCAUCAAAACAAUUCCAAGAGUUCACCUACUCCUAAGACCAGUUGUAACCACCGCAUAAAUUCAAACCACAUCAAUUCAAACUCCACUGGAAGCAGCUAGUUUCAGCUCUGGCCUUGAAGUCAAAAGUGGAACCAGCUCAGAGCCUUCUACUUGGAAGCAGAACUUGUAACCAGGGGAGCUCCCACUGUGGCUCAGUGGCCAGGAAAGCUCCACUGGGAACCAGGAUAGGAUACUGUUCCCCCAAUAACAAACCUCCAAGUUUCUCAAAGAAAUUUCCACUCAGGUCUGUUUUCCAAGGUGGCCCCAAGCUGGGGUGGACUAGAAUUUUCCUUGUUGAACAUUGCAAUAGAAACCCAAUGGGAUAUGACAGCUUGCACGGAUUUUAAUAGCAUCCCAACUAGAACUGAAUUUUGUCUUUAUUAUUUUUAAAGGAAAGUUUUGUAAAUUUCUCUAUUGUCUCUGUUUACAUUUUGUAUAUUUGUAUUUAAAUGAAAGUCAGACUUCGAGGGUGUAUAUUUUCUGUGCAGCCACUGUUAAGCCAUGUGUUUUAAGACAUUUUAGAUUGGGGGGGGGUACAAAAAUGUGACUCUAGAUUUCCAGAGCCUCAAAAGAGAAAAUGUUUUUAUUAAAUAUAGAAAAUAUUUCACCUUUUACCUUUAAAGACCUGAUUACAUCUACCUACAUCCACCUCUCUAGCUGUUUUCCCUUCCUUGUAGCUAAUCACUCUCCUGUUGACUUGUAACAAGCUAAAUGAAAUGCCAGAAUGCACUUGGGCCAUCUCCCAACCCAAACACUCUUUAUGAGCUAUGACAUCAUUGGUAAGAUGGGCAAGCUUUUGACAUUGCAGCUUCAUUGGCCUCGUUCUAUAGGGCAUCCAGCAUGGAGGGUAAGGAAUCCUAAAUCAUUGGAAUAGAGAUCUUGGCUGCUAAAAACAGUGGUUUUCUGUUGUGUUUGGGGACUUCUGUUAUAUAUUCUUUGUAGGAGUUUGUACUGAUGAAAAUGACUAGUCAUGGAAACCCAAGUGUUCUCAAUUGUGGGACUAUGGAAAAGUAUGAAUUAGGAUCCAUCCUGAGUGACUACCUCCAAGUUUGUUUAGUCCUUGGCUGGUCAGCAAACUGGUCACCAGACCAUGAACCUUCAUGCAACCCCACAUAUUUGUUGGCUUCUGUGAAGGAAGUCAUCUCACCAGGAGUAGGAUGCCUGAGAGCAAACCCAGGCACCAGUUGAAUAUAAGACAAUCUCAUUAUCACUUCCCCAGGAGAUGUGGACCAGAGGCUGGUUCUAAUUGGGCACCUCAAAGUCACAGGCAAAAGUCACUCCUGUAAGACUUGCUGAGCUUACCUUUCUAUCCCUGGGGAGCUGUCACCUAGCCCCUGAAGUCCUUGGAGGUGACAAGGUACACAUUUGAUCUCACCUUCCCACCAGGACAGGGUAAGCAGCUAGACUCAUUGCUCCCUGGGAAGCUGAAACUCUGAGUAUGCCUGUCUCAAAACUGGUCUCAGCCACCAAUUACUGGGUUGUUUUUUUUUUAACAGGGUGAGAGAGGUGCUACCUGAAUCAGCCCCUGUUACAAUGCGGACUCCUGGUCUAUACCCCAAGCUUACUAUGUGAUGAUCCUCAUUUUGUAGUUCAGGCUGGUUUCAAACACAAAAUCCUCCUGCUUCAGCCUCUGGAGUUCUAAGAUUACAAGUGCAUACUAUCAUGGAAACUGUAUCUUUACUAAGCAUCUCAGACCUAGGUGCAUAUCCCCUUGCCCCCUUGCCCCAUACUAUAGUGUUGAGAACCAUCCUCCAGGCCUGUGACUGUGGCCAUUCCAAAUGUGUCUUUUUGAGGGACCUACAACUUUGGGGCUUGGGUCUGUCAGGAGGAAAAUCCCGAGCAUGCCAGUCUCAUAUCUUUGAUUCCAAGCUCUCCCAGGGCUCACUGCUAGAGAAGAGCCUUUGGGAAUGAUCACCCUGAAAUCAUUUAACCAUGAGAGAAGAAACAGCCAGGCUCCGUGGUGCAAGAUUAACUUCAAGCCAGGCUUCCAGGCUACUUCUGAACUUUUCUUGGGCUGAACAUGAAGCAAAUGCUAACGACCAUAUCCAGGCUCUACUGGGGCGCAGGACACUCAGUACCUCCAGAUAAUCGAGCCCUUGCUGACACUUCUUCCUUGAGGAAAAGAAGAAUUAUCAUCUUCCUGGGAUGGUCAUCAGCCCUAGCUACACACAACCUCUGCCUCCUCCUUACAGGUUCGUUCCUAUUUCCCCAUCCAUGGCCGUUUAACUCUUGCCUAGUAGGUAACUCUUAGGAAGCAGUUUUUCCUUAGGCCUCCAAGUCAAAGCAAUGUCCAUUUGCAGCAGAGAAUCCCCAGUAAGCUAAAGAGUGAAUGCAAGUCUGGCUGCCAAGAGCCAUCAUGAGGUCCUGAGAGGCCUGUGGGAGGUGAGGAUAGUCAUGUGUCAGUCUCUCACUCAUGGCCUCAUAACAAGAGAACUGGCUCUCCUGCCUGUUUCUAUAGCUGCAUUUUUAGAAGGUAUUUUUUCUUUUGUUUAAUGGAAACAAGCCCUCUGCUCUUUCACCUGUCCAGGAGAAAGUAUGUGUAGAUAAGUGAACAGAUGACACUCUGUUGUGCAUUUGAGCUUUUUGCAAAAGAGCCUUUCUUCGAGUGUGGCAUUUUUUUCACAAAAUUUCCACUGACUUGGACUGAGAAGCUUCUCCGCUUUUGCUGUUUGGGAGAUGGGCCUUUUGCUAUGAUCAUUCUGACUUACAAUGUCCAUUAAAACCUUUAGGAGAGGUCUCAGAAUAUCAUUCCAGAGUAUCAAGAAGGCCUGAUCCCUGUCUUCCAGGAGGAUGGUGUCUGUCCUCUACUUGAGCCUGAACCACACGGUUCUAUGCUCACCCAACUGUCUAGGGGCUGAGUCUGGCUGCAGCUGCAGGGCUGGUCUCUAAAAUGUGUUGUCCUCUUAGAGGGGCAGGCAGCAAGAGGCUUGCCACACAGACACAAGACAGGUAGCUACAGUAACAGCCAUGCCUCACAGUUGCUGACCCAUGAUGUUUCUGAUGAGUCCACAUGCAUGGGGGCAUGUGCACAGCACAUCUUUGCAGUAGAGGAGCAAAUAAGAUCAUAACUGAGGCCAGCCCCUAAGAAAGCUGAGGUCAGAAAGUUUCCGUGGAACUUAGCCCCGCUGUUGAAGUUCAUUCUUUUCUUUUGAACCAUGUACUUUCUUGAAAACCUGGCUCUACUUUCUAUCAAAUUCACGGAGCUACUAACCUCAACAUAGGGCAGGCAUUGCAGCCUCCUGUAGCCUCACAUUCUAAGCCUUGAUAAAGGAAAUGGUGGCAGCUUCUUUGGACAACUAGAGUUUACAAGAGAGGAAGAGAAAAAAAGACUCAACACUGGACUCUUCUCGUGAGCUAUUGUGUGCUUGCUUUUCUCGCUCUACCCUUUCCAAGGGUCUCCAGUUUUCAUAACCCAGUACCCUGAGAUAAGACCUUAUUGCUUCUUAGAUUUUGCUAUGGAAAAACAGUAUAAAGCCUCUUCCUUCAGACUACAAUUGGUAUGCCUACCCUUGGACCACCUUCUGUACCUAUUUAUACAACCAGCCACCCAGCUAUCGAAGUUGACAGGCAUGUAGGCUAGAUCCUGCAUAGGCACAUGUGGUGCCUCCUCUGAAAAGUCUCGACUCAGGACAAUGAUUUAAUCUAUGACAAACUAGCUCACCCUAGGAGAGAAGUAUCCUUUAUCCUACAAGAAGAUGCUGGGCAUUUUUCCAGUUCAUUGACACACCAUCCUAUAAUAGAUCACAAGUAAAUGUUGUCCAUUAGAAGGGCAUUGUGGCUACUGGCAUUGUUAUAUUAUUAUAACUAUUUUCCAAAGGUUUCUAUUUUUCCCCAGGAGAUUUUAGCAUUAAUAAAUGAUUGCGGUUCCAUCUUGGAGGUUAUUGUCAAUGAUUACAGCUUUUGUUGUGCUGCUCUGAACCUCUCAUGUUCCGUUCACUAUGUCACAGUGCCACCUUGUCUAGCCACAACCACUGUUAUUUUAUAGAGAAAUAAAUUCCUUAAUGAUCAUGA